ACUACCCAGUGAUUGACAGUUGUCAGUCAAUGCAUGACCCCUCCUCUCCCACCAUCCCUGUUUGUCACAUCAAACUAUUGGAGGUCUUACCUGAUCCCCCACCCCAACACCACGUUUGUUGAGGCUGCUCAUCACUCCGACAUGGAUUGCAGCGCUUAUGUGCGUGUGUGUGUGACAGAGAUGGACCCCCUGGAGGUUCCCCCUCUAACCCCAACCAGUAAGGAGGUUUUAUGCGAGGCCCUGAGCGCAACUUUUGCCGGUUUCACUCAGGAGAGGCUCACCCAUCGCUUCCCGCAAGACUUGACUUUAUGGUCCGAGUGGGAGGUGAACCACUGGCUGGAAUGGUGCCGGGCCGAGUUUGGGCUGCAUUCGCUGGGGUCAGACCUGAAGGGCCUGCAGGGUCACGAGCUGUGUGGCCUUGACCGUGACGCGUUUCUGGGCCUCACGUCUGACUACACGGCUGGAGAGAUCCUGUGGGAGCACCUGGACAUCAUGAGACGCGAGAAUGACUGCAAUGCUGCACAGAUCCCGUGCACAGAGUCAUCUCUCUGCCAGCUUCAUAGCGUUAAAGACAAGCAAAGCUACCAAGUGGAGUACCUUGAGAGGACACAGCACAAUUCUGUGGAGGAAGCCCAGCAUCAAUACUAUCUGCUCAAAAGCCAACAUCCAAACAGGAACAAGCAGGCUUCUGAGACAGCAACAAACAGCGAGAGCGACUCCGAAGCAGAGACGUUUCCCAGCGGGAACUUGAUGUGGACCAGCACCGGGGUUCAGUGUGAAGACAUAUUUACUUUAGCACACCCGUACAAAAGCUUCAAGGAGUACGUGGGAGACAAGACCGAGGUGGGCAACGCGGUGAUACCGGCAGCCAUCCUCGCUGGUUACACUGGAAGUGGUCCCAUUCAGCUGUGGCAAUUUUUACUGGAGCUGCUGACCGACCGCAGCUGUCAGUCGUGUAUCAGCUGGACAGGAGACGGCUGGGAAUUCAAGCUGACCGACCCGGAUGAGGUGGCGCUGCUGUGGGGUCGCAGGAAGCACAAGCCCAAGAUGAACUACGAGAAGCUGAGCCGCGGCCUGCGCUACUACUACGACAAGAACAUCAUCCGCAAGACGGCGGGCAAGCGCUACGUCUACCGCUUUGUGUGCAACCUGCAAGGGCUGCUGGGAUACGAGCCAGGCGAGUUGCACGCCAUGUUGGACAUCAGCGCCAAGGCCCGCUAACGAAAACGUGAGCGCGAGCAGCAUUGUCACUUUACAUACACAUCAGAUAUGUGCACAUGGACACAUUUAAUCGGAUUAAGACCCUAACCGGAAUAAAAAUGCUUCAUGUAAACAUGCCAUUCGGAAUAUUCUGACCCGAUCACGGACAUUCGGAUCAAAAUUUCAUUCCAAACGAGACGGGUGGUUUAUCCCGAAAGUCAUUUGGAUUGUAGCGCUUGAAAACACAUCUUCCGUUACUUUUUGAGCCACAGCGGUGUUCGGCGACGGAUUCCUAUAACCUGCACUCAAUCCACUCGCCACAUGUUCCUUUUGAUCAGAGGGAGAAGACACUUUGUCAGACACUCUUUUCAAUAUUCCACUUGUUACAUUUAUUUGCAUCAACACAAAGACAUACAUAUACUUACAGAGACUCUCUGGGUUGUUGUUGACACAACACCAGCCUUUGCUGGAGCGUGUGUGGGCAAGCACUUCGACAGUCAAAUUCUGAUUCGGAUGACUUUCUCUGUCUCUUUAUUGAUGACUUUACAAGUCUCGUCUGAGCAUAGUGCUGGCCAGUGAUUUAACCAAACAGAUUUGAUCAGUGACAAAGCAAAGUCCAUUACAGUCUAUUGAAGAAAAUUUGCCUGUCUAAUUUCUGUUUCCUAUAUACUGAUACUAGAUCAGGGGUGUCAAACUUAUGGCGGGAUGAGUUUGUCAGGUAUAAAAAUGAGCCUACAUUUUUUAAUGAAAGAAACCGCUGUUCUAAAUGUGACCACUAGAUGUCACAAUAGCAAUUCUUUGUAUCUUUGUAGAUGAUGCUACAUGUGUAAAAAACAAAAAACAACACAUUAGUGCACCAGUCGAGGAAAAUGAGCAAACUAGAUAAUAAACAUCCUGUAAUUUGAUUUUGAUGUUUUUUUUUUUUUAUAUUGUCCAGGGUGUACCCCGCCUUCCGCCCGAUUGUAGCUGAGAUAGGCUCCAGCGACCCCAAAGGGAAUAAGCGGUAGAAAAUGGAAAUGGAUUGCAAAUGAACACCAAUGAGUUGACUGAUGAACAUUAUCACAUAAUUCAUUCAAAAAGUAUAAAUAACGACAAAUAAAGAGAAUACUAUUAACCGCAACAUGUAAGUGUAAAAAAACCCCAACAACAUUGUGAUUUGUACAUUUUUCUAAUGUGCUUGUUCUAUUUUUAAACAAAGAAAACAAUCUGAAGUUGUCUUUACUUUUGAGUUAUCGUGCCGUGAUUUUACCGGUUUACUUGGGAGUAGAUUAUUUCUCCAUGUGGCCCCCGAUCUAAAAUGAGUUUGACACCGCUGUACUAGAUACUGCACAUCAAACUAAAAGUUAGUCAAAGGUCUGUGCAGCCGCUUAGCCAUUGUUCAAAGUCAGGUCAUAAGUUUCAACAUAAGUUCAUCUCACGUGUAAUCAGAGGCAUGUUAUCUUUAAAACUAAUCUUUAUAAUGCAUUAAUAUUUAAUGGGCAAUCCUUGGGCAACAAUGGUAACAGUGGUAGAUACAUGUUUUUAACAGCCUCCAUAUUGAACAACCUUUAAGUGAUGUCAACGUUUACAUGGAUUUUUAAAGCAUGAUAAAAAGGCAAGUGCCCACACUGAUUUAAUUUUACAAGUCAGUGAACAAGGUGUUACACACGCAGCGAGCGAGUGUGCUAGGAUUACUUCCACCACUUUCACUAAUGGAAGACAGGAGAGUCUUUGUCCUGGUGGCCGAGUGUAGGUUAUGUCGAUUGGACAAUUUUGCGGCAAUAAAAUCAACAUAAUUUGUCAUACAAAUUCACGGCACACGCACCGAACGCUGGCAUACUCGGCUGCACACCUAAUACUCCGUGAAGAGUGCGAUAAACAAUCUUGUGCACACACAUUGACCUGUGCAUUUAUAUUAAAGUACAUAUUGGUAGGAUUUAAAAUCAAUUCCACUUCAUAAGAAUUGGCAACACUAGAUUGGCCUAAUGUGUGAAUGUUGUCUAUUUGUGUUGGCCCUGCGAUGAGGUGGCGACUUGUCUAGGGUGUACCCCGAUCCCAAGAGGAACAAGUGGUAGAAAAUGGAUGGAUGGAUGAAUUCAAAGAUGUAAAACGCUUACUAUAUAAAGAAAAUACCUAUUGCUCUCAAAUAUGGUUCACAAAUCUGUCUAAAUCUGUGCACUUCGUCUUUGCCAUGAUAACCC